GGAUGAUCGCACGAGCAGGAAGCUCUGACCAUACACAGAUAGAGAGAGAGAGAGAGAGAGAACGACAGACAGUCCGAGAGAGACGAUCCAGCACUCACACUUUCAGCUCAAUACAGAGAGAAGACAAACUACAGGGCCUCUUCUGCGCUCUCUUCACACUGUUAUACUUCUAAAAGCCGACUCUUCUGAAAGCCGCUCGCGUUGCCCUCCGGGGACAUUUUUGUUUCUUUUUCAAAUAAAUUGGGAUAUUCCGCGUGACAUGUUGCCCUUGUUUCCACGAGAACCGCGGCUUUCCUCCCAGCGCUCUUUGAACGCGCAGUGCUCUGGCUGUUCCCUCAUAAAGGCUGUUGGUGUUCUUCAGAGGUAAUGACUGUGCGCUGAGGAACCAGGAUUGCUUGCACGUGUGGGACACUCUUGUGAAGAAGCAUUAGGAGGCGGUAAAGAGAUAACUGUUAAAGAAAACAUAAAAGGAACGAAAGGGAAACCAGAAAGAAACCAAUAAAUUAAAAAAAGUGCUGGCGCAAAAUGGAUCUGCCUCCGUUUAGGGGUUUAUCCGAUGUACCCUGAUAUUGGUCAGCCUUGGAGAACUGCCACUACCCUGGUGGCCUUGACGGAAAAAUGGAUCCGGUGACAUCUUUUCGGUUGGACCCUGAAGGUCUGGAUCUUCAGCAGGUCCCUGUGUUGUCCAUUGACCAGAUCCGUGCUAUAAGGUCUAACAAUGACUAUGUAGAGCGCCCGGUGGCGCUGGAGCCUUCCACUCAAGUCGGCAUCUUCUAUGCACAUGACGAGCGACAUCCUCCGAUGUCUCACAGUCAAAGUCAACAUCAACAUUCCCACCUGGCCCACCUGAGUCGCUCCAGCACGGUCAGCUCAAUGUCCCGCGGCAGCGCUGCUUCGGAUCAAAGACUUCUUACAGGACUAACGUCAUCUCAUUCCGGUCUAGCCUCCGUGGUGAGGUCCCAGCCCAAAGGUGACUUGAAACCGGACUCGCUAGGCAAAGGACUGGCUGACGGUGAGGACUCAGGCAUGCACCUUUUCAUCUGUGAACGCUGUGGCCAUUGCAAAUGCCAAGAGUGCUGUGCACCUCGUAGUUUGCCCUCAUGCUGGACCUGCGGCCAGCGAUGCUUGUGCUCAGCUGAAAACGUCUUAGAGAAGGGCACUUGUCUGUGCUGUGUGAAAUGUCUCUUCUACCACUGCUCGGCUGACAAAGAGGACAACUGUGCCGACCGCCCGUGCUCCUGCGCACCGGCUCAUGCCUGCUCACGCUGGAGCGUCAUGUCCUUUUUGUCUCUUUGCCUGCCAUGCCUGUGCUGCUACCCACCUGCCAAGCUGUGCCUCACUCUAUGCCAGCGUGGCUACGACCGCGCCACCCGUCCUGGUUGCCGCUGCAGCAACACCAACACUGUGUGCCGAAAGAUCUCUGCCACCAACCCUGCGCCAUUUCGCAAAACCCUGGAGAAGCCUGUGUGACAGCCUGUGUAUUAUCGCUCCUGUGAGGAGACAGCUGUGGAAUUCUGCUAAAAUGACCUUCUCGAAACCAGUCAGGCCUCCCUGCAUCGUGCCCAUCAUCAUGUAUCCGCCUUGCCCUUUUUUAGUCAUUCUUCGUCUAUUUAUUUAUUUAUUAGACUUUCCUGGAUAGGGUUGGGUAAUGCAGACCAUAUGUAACAGAUACAGGGAGUAAGCUAUCAGAAAAAAUGCAGAGCUUGUACUGGAUAAAAAGGAUCACGUACCCUUGCGCGUGUCUUCUUCAGCCUUACGGACAAACUGCAAGCAAGCUUGCUCACUUCAUGGAUACAGGGAGUUGGUUAUGGAGAAACAAGAGCCUAACCAAAAAUUCUGACUCGUGUAUGUCAAUUCUAUUUGACGCCAAAAACGGGACCAUUACAAAUCAGAAUAUUAAGCUCACCUAUGAGGGAUGUGUUUCAAGAGAGGCGUAAAGAGAGACACUGUGUGUGUGUUUGUACGUGAGUGCGUGUAAGGAAAGAAGAUGGAAAAAAUUUGUGUACGUAUGUGCAUGUGUGUGCAGUCUCAGGCCGGCAUCUGUUGUCAGCAGAAGCCUCUCUUUUUAUUUUUAGAGGAGCUACUCUAAAAGAUAAAGUGUCUGGUCAGGUUUCCAGCCCGGGGCAGCCUGACGCCAACCUCUCCAACCACUCUCUUACAUCCUUACCUCUCCUUUUCUCCGGUGCCCAUUGAGCUUACCAGCUGCAGAACGACGGCGAUAGGAUCCUUGACCUUUUCUGCGUCUAACCACGCUGUGGGACCAAACGUCAAUUGACUGUCUGUCCACCUUGACGGUGCUCUCAGGAUGGGAAACAAGCCAUUAUUUCAGAACAGUUUGGCCAGGAUCACGUCAAUACAAAAGAUGAUAAACCUAGCUUUAGGUCAACAUCAGACCCAGUCCUGAGCAGCAAAGUGAAGCCAUCGUGGUUCCAUUUUUCUGGCGUACUUGGACCGCGAGCAUCUCCGAGGACAUUGGCCUUUUCCGGCCCAGAAUGCUCCACAGGAAGUGAGGUUUUUGUGUCAUCGAACAGGAAGGAUUGUAUUGAGACAAGGGCUUAGACACCUGACCAGAUGGAGGCAGAGUACCACACUUGCGAACAAGGCAAAACAGAUGCACUGACAACCAAAACCGGAAUGCGUGAUGAAUGAAAUCUGUUACAAGUGUGUGUGUUCUUCCCCACUAAUGCACAUCCUUGUGAGUUCCUUUGCUAUAUUUUUGUAUGUACAUAGAAUUGUUAUUGUAUUUGUAUUUUUAUUCCAUUUGUUUUAAUCUGGUUAUUAUUACCGUUAUUUUAUAUUACUGUUGGACGUUAACCUUGUCAGAGGCCUGGCUAAUACUUAAGACUAACCAUAAAGCAGAUUUUGUAUUGUGGAGGAGAGGUUCCUUCGGGGUAACACUUGUUUUUCGUUGCAGAAUUCUAAAUACCCUUCAAAAUCGCAGUAAUUGGGUUCCUUUGGUUGCUUUCUAUAUCCCUGGUCACGAAUUGCAGUUGAUCUGAGCAAACAAUUCAUCACAAAAGUCUAAAUCUGUGGAAAGCUUUAAAAGUUAGCGCCGAUAGCACCGUGUAAAAUAGUGAGACGGGUCCUCUCCUCCACAGUCGCAUCCCAAGAGAACGACUUCUCUAAAGAGGGGUCGUGAUGUGGCUCUUGGUUUCAAUGAGUAGGUACAUGCAAUUUACAGGAAUGCCUAACUGGUGCUGUCCACAGACUGCGUUAACCACUAAAAAAUCACCAUGUUGUAUUAGUAAGUAUUGCUUUGGUACAGUUGGCAUCUUGUAAGUUGUAAAAGAAUUAAAGAAGAAUAUAUAUAUAUACAUAUAAAUAUAUAUAAAUCUAUACAAAUGAAUAUAUUAUAUAUAUAUAAAAUAUAUUAUACAUUUUACACUUUUUUGUUGCUGAUAUUAUCGUAAAGCCACAGAUAUUUAUUUAAAUGGUUGCAAGAAAAGCAAUGUAUUUAUUUCGGGGUGAAUGAUGGAAGGAAAUUAAUGAAAUGACCCAUGUGAUGAUUUCAGCUUUUUUGCAGAGUGAAACGGUGGGUGUGGCCGUAGGGCCGUUGAUAAUAAAUAAAAAAGUUUUCAAAUAG